GGGGAGCAGCCCAUCAUGGUGUCGCAGUUCAUGAUGGAGCUGCAGGGGCUUAAGACGGUCGACGGCGAGGACCCGCCCCGCAUCCUCCACUUCAACCCGCGGCUCCACGGCGACUGGAGCGGCAGGCCGGUCAUCGAGCACAACACAUGCUACCGCAUGCAGUGGGGCACGCCACUGCGCUGCGAGGGCCGGAAGUCCCACGUCGAUGAGGAAACCGUGGAUGGUUUGUGCAAGUGCGAGAGGUGGAUUCGGGACGACCAAGAGCAGCCUGAGGAGACCAAGGCGGCCUGGUGGCUCAACCGGCUCAUCGGCCAGAAGAAGGAGGUCAACAUCGAUUGGCCCUUCCCGUUUGUGGAGGGCAAACUAUUUGUUCUUACUCUCAGCGCUGGAAUGGAGGGGUACCAUGUCAAUGUGGACGGCCGGCAUGUGACUUCUUUCCCUUACCGCACUGGGUUUGUGCUUGAGGACGCCACAGGAUUGUCAUUGAAUGGGGACCUUGAUGUGCAAUCAGUGUUUGCUGGGUCCUUACCCACUACACACCCCAGUUUUGCACCACAGGAUUAUCUGGAGAUGUCAACUCUUUGGCAGGCACCCCCUCUGCCUGAUCACCCAGUUGACAUUUUCAUUGGCAUCCUCUCAUCUGCCAAUCAUUUUGCUGAGCGUAUGGGUGUCCGUAAGACAUGGAUGUCUGCUGUAAGCAAGUCACCAAAUGUUGUUGCUCGCUUCUUUGUUGCACUGCAUGGCAGAAGCGAAGUGAAUUUCCAGUUGAAAAAGGAGGCAGAAUUCUUUGGGGACAUUGUUUUUGUGCCAUUUCUGGAUAAUUAUGACCUAGUUGUUCUGAAGACUCUUGCAAUAUUGGAGUAUGGGCUUCAUGUUGUCUCUGCUAAAUAUGUAAUGAAGUGUGAUGAUGAUACUUUUGUAAGACUUGACUCAGUAAUCACUGAAAUUGUUAAUGUGCCAAGUGGUACAAGUCUUUACAUGGGGAAUAUCAAUUUCCACCACAGGCCAUUGCGCCAAGGGAAAUGGGCAGUGACUUAUGAGGAGUGGCCAGAAGAAGAGUAUCCAGUCUAUGCUAAUGGCCCUGGAUAUGUUAUAUCAUCCGAUAUUGCUGCUUUUGUUUUGUCAGCAUUUAGGAACAAAACAUUGAGGCUCUUCAAAAUGGAAGACGUGAGCAUGGGUUUGUGGGUUGAGCAGUUCACUAGGACAAGGCACGUUCAAUACAUUCACAACAGCAAGUUUUGUCAGUUUGGAUGCAUAGAUGAUUAUUAUACUGCACAUUACCAAUCUCCAAGGCUGAUGUUAUGUAUGUGGCAAAAGUUGCUGGAUGGAAAACCAGAAUGUUGCAAUGCGAGAUAACAGUAAUGGAACCAGUAGGGGUUGACUAGUUAACUCUAGGCCAUAGUGUCAAUCUUCAUUGUUCAAGAAAUGAUAUGGUCUCACUGAUGUUCAUCACCACCCAGGAUUGACUAAUUAUAUCAUGAUGGUGCAUUGUGCCUCUUGCCUCUUGGGGACUGUCAUGUAGAUAUAUUAAAAAUGUGUUCCACCUCACCAGUACUCACUUUUGAACUAGAUAGAUAGAAGUUUGCAGCUAUUCCAGGGGAUGCCUAAAACUUCAGUCCUAUGUAAAUAUGGAAACAGUUCAGUUCAGUUGUUGCUACUUGCAGUACGGACAGUAGUAGUUUCAGUGUUGACAUGCUGAACACAAGCCGUCAGGUAUGUGCGAGCACUCAGAAAUUACAGGUCGCCUUUUGUUCUGGAAUCUCAUUAACUUUGGUUGUGACUUUACUUAAAUUUUAUUUAGUAUUUUGUGGAUUAUUUUGCUAUUUCUCAUCAAGUUAUACUGUGAAGUAAGAUCAUGGCAAAUUUCUGAAGCUCCAUUAUCUAUUUAUCUUAAAAGAAAGGCUUUUGCAUCAAACACAUUUUGCUCUCAUUAGAUUGUCCUUGACUCACUAAACAUGAAUUUUGUACAGUACUUCCGAAAAAACUGGCACCCUCAUGUGAUGGUUUCCAGUUGAAUUGUAGAUAACUAGAGGUGGUAAACUUUCUUAUGGAUUUUCCAUCGUAGUUUGGUUAAGUGAAAACUCGUAUUGUUUACUGAUCCCUUAGGUUGAUUUGCUCUUAGUACUGUCUACUGAUCACUUGCAAGUUGCAACAAGGUAGUAGCACAGGGAUCCCUUCCUUUAAGAGCCUGCCUGCACAUAAACUUCAUCAUCGCAUAAUUAUGAACUUUCUAAUUUCUGAUAGCAGUCCGAGUAUAAAGUUUGUACUGCACGCGUGGGCAUUGACUGUAUUCUGCUCCAAAAUCCAAUGACCCCACGCACAGAAAAAGAUCUGAAGAGAACGAAAGUAGAAUUUGCUUUUGUACGAGGAUAUUAUUCAAAUAUCCAUUGAGUAGCUGGCAAGCAUAUCUCGCGUCUUUUUAUGCUGUUUAUCGCUGUUUUCUUUAUGAACAGGGCACUGUCCUGAGAUCGAUAUGUUCUGUACCUUUUUUAACAUUUUUCUUUCUCUCUCUCUCUCUCUCUCUCUCUCUCUCUCUCUCUCUCUCCAUGGUAACAAAUCUUAUCUUGACCUAGUAUUGUUCUGCGGGGUUCAUUGGUGUUAAUGCAAGUUACUAUUUGAUUGUUUCUGUAUGCAGUUUUGGUGCAUCUAAAAUUCAUUUUAGGGCUAUAAGGAAAUCUUGAUGUCUGGAACAUUGCCGAACACAAAACUGUUAUGUUGAUAUUUUGUUAAACUGCAGAUGCCUGUGAGAAUGACGUGUGGGUCCAGGCCUAGCAUGUUUUGAAGACAUCAUUUUGUAUUUUGUCUAUAAUAAACUGCGAACUGCUAGUUUUGCUCUUAACUUUUUAAUGAUUUUGGAACUUUUGGAUUUGUUGGGACCAGGUCAUAACCUCAGCGCAUGUGCCGAGGAAUGAACCAGGUCUACCUGGUAUUGUAAUGUGAUGUUUGAGAAAGUUUUGAUGGUGA